AUGUUGAGAGACAGUGCUCGCGACUGGUGGGGCGAGGUUACUAGCCAGGUGGGGCCAGACGGAGUGGCUGAGAUGUCAUGGGCAGAGUUUGUUCGACGGUUUGAUUUGGAGUUUGCACCUCCUAUUGAGGUGCAACGACUAGUAAGGGAGUUUCAUGAUUUGCAGCAGACCACCGAGACUGUGGCGGAAAUCACCGCCAAGUUUUGGGAGCGAGCCUUAUUGAUUCCACAGUAUGCUACCGAUGAACAAAUGAAACGGACCCGAUAUCAUUCCAUGCUGAGGGACGAUAUCCGGGAGUUUUUGAGUUUUACAGGGUGCAAGACCCUAAAUGAGAUGGUAGAGAAGGCCCGCGAGAGAGAAAUAGAGUUGGAUACCCGCACGAAGCGGAAGACUGAUCUGGCACAUGCGGCGGGGGGUCAGGAUAAAAAGCCUAAGACCUCUGAUUCUUCAGGUAAGGGACAGCAAGGUCGGGGCCGGUGUGCCAAGUGCGGGAGAUUCCAUAGCGGGGCGUGUAGGACGGCUGGGACAACAGGAUGUUACUCUUGUGGCCAACAGGGCCACAUGAGUAAGGAUUGCCCCAAGAAGGGUUUGAUAUGUUUCCACUGCAAUAAGACAGGCCAUAAAAAGGCUGAAUGCCCUAGGUUGCAGGGAGGAGGAGGAGCGGUGGCGAUGCCCGCAUGCGCCACCCUAAGGAUCACUGAUGGCCGCCCUGCCAAGGCGGAUAUCCCGACGUUGAAGAGCCGCGCGUUCUAG